AUGGCGGGAGCCGUUUCCGCGAUUUUCAUUCUCGAUAUAAAGGGACGUUGCUUGCUUAGUCGUCACUAUCGCGGUGACAUUUCAUCUGUUGAAGCCGAGAGGUUUUUCACCAAACUCCUUGAGAAUGAGGAGGACAUAGAGUCUCAAGGUCCAGUAGUGUUUGACAGUGGUGUCUCUCAUAUAUUUAUUCAACACAACAAUGUCUACUUAAUGGCUGUAUCCAGACAAAACUGUAAUGUUGCUAGCCUUAUUGUAUUUCUCCACCGGUUAGCUAGUGUUUUUGAGUAUUAUUUUGGAGAGUUGGAAGAGGAAUCUCUUAGAGAUAAUUUUGUUGUAGUGUAUGAAUUACUGGAUGAAAUGAUGGACUUUGGAUACCCACAAUAUACAGAAGCAAUGAUUCUAAGUGAAUUCAUCAAGACUGAUGCUUAUAAGUUGGAAGUUACACAAAGGCCUCCGAUGGCUGUUACUAAUGCAGUCUCUUGGCGAAAUGAAGGAAUAUACUACAAAAAGAAUGAAGUGUUCCUGGAUGUGAUUGAAAGUCUCAACAUAUUAAUCAAUAGUAACAGGCAAAUACUUCGAUCAGAAGUUGUUGGGGCAUUGAAGAUGAGAGCAUGUGUAAGUGGAAUGCCUGAAUGCAAGCUUGGGCUUAAUGAUAGAGUUAUAAUGGAUGCUCAAAGCAGAGCAACAAAAGGAAAAGGCAUUGAUUUGGAAGACAUCAGAUUUCAUCAGUGUGUACGUUUAGCCCGCUUUGAAACUGAUCGCACAAUAUCAUUUAUUCCUCCUGAUGGAUCAUUUGAUCUCAUGACAUAUAGGCUCAGUACUCAGGUGAAACCACUGAUUUGGGUUGAGGCUCAAGUUGAAAGACAUGCGAGAAGUAGGAUUGAGAUGCAUGUAAAAGCUAGAAGCCAAUUUAGGGAACGAAGCAAUGCAACAAAUGUCCAAAUUGAAAUACCUGUUCCUUCCGAUGCUACAAAACCUAUUGUUCGGACAUCAAUGGGGUCCGCUUCAUAUGCUCCUGAACAAGAUUCACUUAUAUGGAGAAUCAGAACCUUCCCAGGUGACAAGCAUGAACAACGACAGGAAUAUAUGUUGGGGGCCGAAUUUAAACUCCCGAGUAUAACUUAUGAAGAUGCAACUCCUGAAAGAAAAGCUCCUAUUCGUGUCAAGUUUGAAAUACCAUAUUUUACAAUAUCCGGGAUUCAGGUGCGUCACCUAAAAGUUAUUGAAAAAAGUGGAUACCAGACGUUACCAUGGGUGAGAUAUAUAACAAUGGCCGGCGAAUAUGAAAUAAGACUGCAUUGA